AUGCAGCAAUCUCUAGGUGCUGCUGCAGCCAGUAGCACUCAUCCAGCCCCGGCCUCGACACCUCAGGCAACGCAAGGUGCCACCUCUAUGCCAAUGACUCCAUCAACCCCCAUUUCCAACAUGAAAUCCGAACAACCCGAUCCGCAAGUGCUCAUGGAACAGCUCCAACAACAAUUCAAAGAGGUUCGUUCAGUGCCAUCUUACCUCUCCCAUAACGUCCUCAGACAUUCCCAUCGGCACUGGCUUAUUCCCAGCAAUCUUAUCAUCGGCUACCCCUUCGGUAUCCCUCGUCCGAACCCCACGUUUUUGUGUUUUUUGCGGCAUUUUACGUGCAUUGUUCGUAACGGCGGUAUCCUUUGCUCGCAACAGUUUGAUGGGCGACUUUUUGGUUUUUCACAAGAUGUGAAAAAAGCACACACACACAUACAGAAGAAUGGCGUAGGAAAUGCGACGACGGGCUACAGCCGACGAACUCCGGCAGACGCAUAG